AGAUAAAAUAAAUCUGAGACAGACUGUCUGAGGGGGAAGCCGUAGAGACGAAGGUGUAGUGGUAUUGCUGGAGUAGUCCCAGAGGUGACCAGUCUGUCGUCCGGGGCGCUGAGACACCCCUGCUCAACCACAAGGGCAAAACGAUAGAGAGAGAAACCAAAUAGGAGCACAGCGCAGAAAGGUGCCCGGCUCGUCCCAGCCAAAGACUCAUAGGCUACCACUACAGCCGCAGCACAGCGCAUGGACUGUUCCGCACCGCUCCGUCGGGCAAUAAACUCCGACAGUUUUCACAUCGCUUUUAACUCCGGUGGUGGUUUUUAAACAACGGAGUAAGGCUAUUAUCUCGGCUUUUUUAGAGUCCAUUAGUUUGUUGUCAUUCUUGCUUGGUAGCCACUUUGUCCGACGAACCGCAGCAGACUACCGCAGGUGAAUUCACGAUGGCGAGGGGACCGGUGUUGGGGACUCGAUCCCCGGCGGCUGGUGGCCCAACACGGUUUGUGUUCCUGCUGUCAUGUCUGGUAAUCUGCGGCCUCUCGGCCCAGGGUCAGGAGCUGCCUAGCAACGGGGUUAAUGGCUACAGCCUGCACCCGCCUUAUUUUAACCUGGCAGAAGGGACCAAAAUCACGGCGACAGCGACCUGUGGAGAGGGCGACAAUGGACGGUCAAUACACGAUUUGUACUGCAAGCUGGUAGGGGGGCCGGUUUCAGGGGACCCGAGUCAAACCAUUCAGGGCCAGUACUGUGAUACCUGCGCCAUGGGAGACAGGGGUCGAGCCCACCCCAUCACCAACGCCAUCGACGGCACGGAGAGAUGGUGGCAGAGCCCGCCCCUAUCCCGCUCCACAGAGUUCAACGAGGUCAACGUCACUCUGGACCUGGGACAGCUUUUCCAUGUGGCUUAUGUCCUGAUCAAGUUUGCCAACUCUCCUCGGCCAGACCUGUGGGUGCUGGAACGUUCCACCAACUUUGGAGAGAGCUACCAGCCCUGGCAGUUUUUUGCCUCUUCUAAGAGAGAUUGCAUCGAGCGGUUCGGUCGACAGACCAUCGAGCGCAUCACUCACGACAACGAUGUGAUCUGCACCACUGAAUACUCACGAAUCGUACCCCUGGAGAAUGGAGAGGUGGUGGUGUCGCUAGUGAAUGGGCGUCCGGGGGCGAUGAACUUCUCCUACUCCCCAGUCCUGAGGGACUUCACCAAGGCCACCAACAUCCGCCUGCGGUUCCUCAGAACAAACACCCUUCUGGGUCAUUUGAUGGGCAAGGCCCUCCGUGACCCCACUGUCACACGCAGGUAUUAUUACAGUAUCAAAGACAUCAGUAUUGGGGGACGGUGUGUGUGCAAUGGACAUGCGGAGGUCUGCGACCCACGUGACCCCAAUGACCCCUACAGGCUACAUUGCGACUGUCAGCAUAACACUUGUGGUACGUCGUGUGAGAAAUGUUGUCCUGGAUUCAACCAGCUACCAUGGAAACCAGCGACCACUUACAACGCCAACGUGUGUGAACCGUGUAACUGCAACCGCCACUCGUACGAGUGCUACUACGACCCUGAGGUGGACCAGCGGGGGGCGAGCGUGGACAUGGAGGGACAUUCACGCGGGGGCGGAGUCUGCAUGGAGUGUCAGCACCACACCACGGGUGUCAACUGUGAACGCUGUGUCCCCACCUACUACAGGUCACCUGACCAUACUUUGGACUCCCCAUUGGCUUGCUCCCCGUGUGUGUGCCCGUCAGACUUCAGGGACGGUACCUGUGAGGAUCUGACCGGCCGUUGUUACUGUAAACCAAGCUACACUGGGGAGAACUGUGAUUCCUGUGCUGAAGGAUAUACCAACUUCCCUGACUGCUACCCGAUUCCAACCCACUCAAACAGCAACGGUGAAGCUAAGAAUGCUGAAGAAAUUAUCAACUGCGAGUGCAAUGCCGCUGGUACUGAAGGCAACUCCUGUCGCCGUGACCCGCAGACGCGUAGCUGUGUUUGUAAGCCUGGCUUCACUGGAGAGCACUGUGACAGCUGCGCCACGGGUUACUACGGACUCAACUGUCAGGCCUGCCGGUGCUCCGGUCCAGGGUGCCAGGAGGGCAGGUGUGACAGCCUGACGGGGCAGUGCCAAUGCCGCCCGGGCUUCCAGGGCUACUCAUGUGACCAGUGUAUCACUGGCUACUUCAACUAUCCCGUCUGCCAGCUGUGUGGCUGUAGCAGGGUGGGGUCUCUCCCUGAGGUGUGUGAUGCAUCAGGCCGGUGUCUCUGUCGACCGGAAUUCCUGGAGCCGCGCUGUGAGCAGUGUAGAUCUGGCUUCCACUCCUUCCCCAACUGCCAAGGGUGCACCUGUGACCCUCGGACCUCCCUCGACUCCAGCUGCAGUGCGUCUGGUCACUGCCACUGCAGACCCUCUUACAGUGGAACCUCCUGUAACCGCUGUGCCCCCGGGUUUUACGGCUUCCCCAGCUGCACCCCCUGUCAGUGUUCAUCUGAGGGCUCUCGCUUCAGUAGCUGUGACCAGGUAACGGGUCAGUGUAGCUGUCGUCCCAAUGUGGUGGGCCAGAGGUGUGACACCUGCAGUUCAGGGUCUGUUACAUUCCCUCUGUGCCAAGCUGGAACAUGUGACCCAGCCGGCUCGGUUCAGAGUGAGGUUCUGCCAACCAUUGGCUCCUGUGUGUGUCGUCCCUAUGUGGAGGGUGUGGCCUGUGACAGGUGUAAACCCCUGUUCUGGAACCUGUCCCCUGACACCAUCUACGGAUGCUCCAACUGUGAAUGCAAUGUUGAAGGUACAGUUGGCGGUGUGGCUGAGUGUGCUCAGAGUAACGGCCAGUGUCACUGUAAACCCAACGUCUGCAGUGGCGUCUGCUCCGUGUGUAAGGAUGGCUACUACAACAUGCAGGGCGACAGCUUGUUCGGCUGCCAGGGUUGUCAGUGUGACAUUGGGGGGUCGGCAGGUCAGUCCUGUGGGGAGAGGAAUGGAAGGUGUCGCUGCAGACCCAACGUGGGAGGAACCAAGUGUGAUGUGCCUCGUCCGGACCAUUAUUUCCCGGACCUCCACCACCUGAAGUUUGAGAUAGAGGAGGGCACCAUGCUGGAUGGGAGACCGGUGCGUUUCGGCUACAACCCCCUGGAAUUUGAGGGGUUCAGCUGGAGGGGGUAUGCCCAGAUGUCCCCAGUACAGUCCAAGGUGGUGGUUCAGGUCUCGGUCAGCUCUCCGGACCUGUUUCAGAUAGUGUUGCGCUAUGUCAACCGCGGUGGCCUGGACAUGAGGGGCCGGGUUUUCGUCCUGGAAGACAGCAAGAACUUCCUGUGCGGAAACUGUUCUGAACAGUCCAAACAGAUUGUGUUUUCCCCCAGUUCCGAACCUGCCUUUGUCACUGUACCUCAGAACAACUUUGUGGUGCCGUUCGUUCUGAAUCCUGGCACAUGGAGCGUGGUCAUUGAAGCUGAGGGCAUCCUGCUGGACUACUUGGUUCUGUUGCCCAGUGCAUACUACGAAGCCCCCAUCCUACAGAUCAAAGUGACCGAACCCUGCACCUACAGUCCUGCUCCAGACGCCGGCAAGAACUGUCUCCUGUACCGGUACCUGUCUCUGGAUCAGUUCCCCUCCGUGUCGGGAAACGACGCCAGCUGCAGGUUUGACAACCACCUGCCCCGUCCCUGUCAACAGGAGCGGAUCACUCAGCGCCAUCCUGACAUGGCCAUCUGCAGUGGAACCGACCUGAACGUCCAGAUACGUGGACGUGUGUCGCACCCUGGCGAAUAUGUUCUGGUGGUGGAAUACGCCAACGAGGACGACGCACCGCAGACCGUCUCCGUGGCUGUCAACGCACCUGGUGGAAGGACACACCAGCACUACAUUACAAUUCUGCCCUGCAAAUACAGUUUCCUGUGUCGAGUGGUGACCAUCGAUGAGAUGAACCGUGUAGCUGUCUUCACCCUCUCUACCGACGCUGAGGUUCAACUGAUCGCUGACAGAGCAAGCUUCUUCCUGCACCAAGUGUAUUUGAUCCCUCGUGAAGAGUUCACCAUGGAGUACCUGGUUCCUAAGGUCCACUGCAUCACGACCCACGGACACUUCUCACCAGACAGUUCUUCCUGUAUCCCCUCGAGGUUCCAGACCCCAUCCGACUCCCUGGUGCUGAAGGAGGGUCAGUGGUCCUCCGUGCUGCAGGCUGACUUGCCCUCCCCAGCUGACCUCCCCCUGGGGCCGGCCGAUGCCCCUAAUUGGGCAAACGAAGGCCGUCCUCCCACAGCUGCAGAUAACGUGGACCACGUCCGUCUCGACACCACUCAGAAUGCAGCGGUGUACUCAGCCCGUGUCCACACCCCGGGUCGCUAUGUGUUUAUCCUCCACUACCACCAGCCGCUCCACCCCACGUACCCCAUUCAGGUGUUCAUCAACGGGGGCCGUGUCUGGCAGGGCCAUGCCAAUGCCUCCUUUUGUCCCCAUGGUUACGGUUGCCGUAGCGUCCUGAUCUCAGAGAAUCAGGUCAUUCUGGAUAUAACGGACAACGAGCUCUUCCUGACUGUCCAGGUCCCCGAUGGAAAAACCCUCUGGCUGGAUUAUGUUCUGGUGGUGCCCGAGAGCAGCUACAGCUCCAGUUACCUGUCUGAAGAACCUCUGGACAAAUCAUAUGAGUUCAUCAGCAACUGUGGGCUGAACAGCUUCUACAUCAAUCCGUCCACGGCCUCUCCGUUCUGCCGUAGUUCGGCCGUCUCUCUCUCUGCGUUCUUCAACAACGGCGCCCUGCCCUGCGGAUGCCAUGAGGUGGGCGCGGACAGCGAUACGUGCGAGGCUUUCGGCGGGCAGUGCCAGUGUCGACCCAACGUCAUUGGCAGAGACUGCUCCCAGUGUGCCACUGGCUACUGGGGAUUCCCCAACUGCAGGCCUUGUGCGUGUGGAGUCAGGCUGUGUGAGCCUGUGACCGGACACUGCAUCUGCCCUCCCAGGACCUUGCUGCCAGAGUGUACCCAGUGUGAACCGCAGACGUUCGGCUGCCAUCCUCUAGUGGGCUGUGAGGUGUGCAACUGCUCUCGACCAGGGGUCGCGACCCUCGAUGUGGGCUGUGACACCGACAGCGGACAGUGCAGGUGCAAGAGCAACAUCAUUGGUCGUCAGUGUGAUCGCUGUGCUCCUGGUUUCUACGGUUACCCAAACUGUAGGCCAUGUGACUGCAACGAGGCGGGGACGGCGGAGGACGUGUGUGACCCGUACACGGGACAUUGCCUCUGCAAGGAGAACGUCCAGGGAGGUCGUUGUGACCAGUGCAGAGUCGGAACCUUUCACCUGGACCCCACCAACCCGAAAGGCUGCACUUCCUGCUUCUGCUUUGGGGCCACAGACCGCUGUCGAAGUUCAGAGAAGCGACGCACUGAGAUGAUGGAGAUGGUGGGCUGGGUGCUUCUGAGCGCAGACGGACAAGAAGUGAAUGUCUCAGUGUAUCCAGAUCAGGACCUGGUGGAGGCGGACCUCAGUGACAUACCUGAUGUCUACCAGGACCUCCACUGGCACGCACCUGGAACAUACCUGGGGGACAAGGUGUCUUCAUAUGGAGGCUACCUGCAUUAUCGUCUUGAUACUCAGACCAUGAGAGGAGAUGUUCUCUCUCUGCCUGCUGAGGCCUCUCGUCCCGACGUCAUUCUCAUGGGAAAUGAGAUGACCCUGGUGUUCAUGGAGAGAGAAUACUCUUCCCCUGAUGCCCCUCACCUGGGGAUGGUUCACAUGGUGGAGGGAAGUUUCCGCCAUGCCCAGACUGGCAAUGUGGUGUCCAGGGAGGAGCUGAUGAUGGUCCUGGUGCGUCUGGAGUCCCUCCAGAUCAGGGCUCUCCACUCCCAGUCUGCCCAUGGCGUGUUGCUACGCGAGGCCGUGCUGGAGGGGGCACAGACUCAGUCCACCGGCCUCCAGGCCAACAACGUAGAGAUCUGCCUGUGCCCCGCCAACUACCUGGGAGACUCCUGCCAGCAAUGUGCUCCUGGUUACUACAGAGACACCAAGGGCUUGUUCCUGGGGAAGUGUGCUCCCUGUACCUGCAAUGGUCACUCUGACCAGUGUCUGGACGGCUCUGGCAUCUGCCUGAGCUGUCAGCACAACAGAGCUGGGGAUCACUGUGAGAAGUGCCAGGGAGGUUUCCAUGGUAACAACUCUUUGGAUGGCCACGCCCUGUCGUGUGACAGCUGCCCCUGUCCACUGCAGGUGGCCUCAAACAAUUUUGCAGUGGGAUGUUUGGAGAAACCCAACAGGAUGCAGUGCCUGUGUAUGCCUGGCUACUCUGGACCUAAGUGUGAAAGGUGCUCUCCUGGCUUCUACGGCAACCCAAUGGUGAUUGGCAGCACAUGCCAGCCCUGCAACUGCCAUGACAACACAGAUCCUAACAUGCUGUUCAGUGACUGUGACGGGCUGACCGGCGAAUGUCACAGCUGUAUGCACAACACCGCCGGAACGCACUGCGAGAUCUGUGCCCCGGGUUUCUAUGGCGAUGCCAUCACUGCCAAGAACUGCACCAGAUGCAGCUGCUCUCCCUGCGGCACGGCGUCGUGCGACCCCCACACCGGACAGUGUCACUGUAAACCUGAUGUCACCGGCCCACGCUGUGACCAAUGCAUUGAUGGCGCGUUUGGCUUUGAGACGUGUUCCGGGUGUCGUCGAUGUGACUGCGACGCGGCGGCUGCGCUGGUCCGAACGUGCAAUCCCAGGAACGGGGCGUGUUCCUGCCAGCCGGGCGUGAACGGCCCCAGCUGUCGCCAAUGUGCUCCGGGCUACUGGGACUACAGGCCAGAGGGGUGCAAGAAGUGCGACUGUAAACACGGGCGCUGUGACCCCCGCACGGGGGAGUGUCACUGUGCGGAGGGGCUGACUGGGAGACAGUGCGACACCUGUUCCCAUAGAUACAGCGUUCCAGUUCAGCAUGGACACGACAUACGCUGUGAACCGUGCGACAGCUGUGUGAUCGUGCUCCUGGAUGAUCUGGACAGGAUGAACGAGGACUUCAGCUCUGCGGCACAAGUGCUGAGAAACCUCAAUGCCUCCUCCAUCGUCUGGGUUCAGCUGCAGAACCUCAACAGAUCCAUUCACAAUGUCUCGAAUGCCCUAUGGAACUACAACUCUAGUCUGGAGGAGAGCAUGAACGGAGCGGACAUGUUGGAAGGAGAGAUCAUGACCAUCAACUCGGACAUUAAUGACUUGGAGGAAAAGAUGGUGGCAACAGCAAACAAAACGGACACUCUGGAGAAAAGCAUUGAUAACACUCAUGAAAGGGCCUUGGAUCUGCUGUCACAAAUCCAGAACAUUAUGAGAGACGUGGAAGACCUCGUGCAGCAGGUGAACCGGACGGGUAACAACAAGACAGAGGUGGACCAGGUGUUCGAACCCCUCUCUGAGAAGAUCCGACAGGUGGAGGCCAUGCUGAGAGAGAUGAGGUUCCGGAGCUGUGUCGGCCAGAAGAAGAUAGCAGACAGAGAGCUCUCCGAGGCAGAGAAGCUGCUGGCAAAGGUGAACAACUUGUUGGUGAGUCGUGUCAUGGACAACAAGGCCUUGGUGAAGGACAUCCGGGCGCGCCUGGGGAAGACCCAUGACGAGCUGAUGGACCUGAGAGACGCUCUGAACCAGGCGGUCAAUAAUACGGCCCGUGCCUCGGAAACAAACGUCAUCAACGAGAAGCUUCUGGAGGAGACCCAGCGGAAGCUGGAUGAGCUGAAUGGGAAUAAAGUGGAAGUGGAAGAUCUCCUGCAGAUGGCGGAGGAGUCUGUGGCCAUGGUUAACGACAUGCUGUCAAUGCUACACGACUCCAAGGAGGAGUAUGAGCGCCUGGCUGCCCAGUUGGACGGUGCCAGGAUGCCCUUGGCAGAGAAGGUUCAGAAGUUUGGCCUCUCGGCCACCAAGAUUCCUCUGGUGGAGGCAGCAGAGAAGCAUGCUCAGAUGCUUAACGAACUGGCCAUGAACCUCUCCAGUAUUAUCUCCAACUCCAAUGAGAAUGGUUUCAUUCAGCGAGCAUUAAAUGCGUCCCAGGCCUACAACAACAUUAUUGAUGGAAUCAGAGAGGCUGAGAUCGCUGCCAAGAAGGCCAAAAAGGCUGCGAAUGAUGCCCUGGAGGUCGUGAAGGGACAGGACAUGGGCCAGAGAGCAAAGGGUCUCAGGAACCAUAGUGUUGAACUAGUGGCUGAGGCUGUCAAACUACAGGAGGAACAUUCUAAUGAAGUGAAGCCCAAGCUCCAGGAUGCUAAGACUCAUCUAGACGAGGCCAAGGCAAAACAGAAGACACUACUGAAAGACCUGAAGAUGGUGCAGCGUAACCUCACCUUUACUGGAGAUGACACAGCUGUGGACAUCCAGAAGGCCAAGGCUGCUGCGGAGCAGGCCAACCGCACGGCGGCGUUGGUGGAGGACGCCUUGGCUCCUAUCAGGGAGAAGCUGGACCAGUGGCAGCAGCAGUAUGGAGAUGUCAACACCACCAACGAGGACAUCAACAACGCCCUCCUAGAGGCCAACAAGUCUGUGGGAAUGUUAGGCGAGGCCAUCCCAAUGCUAAUGAAGAAGCUGGACAGCCUGCAGAACCACUCCGCCCAGAUGCCCAACAUCUCGGAGAACAUCCUCAGGAUCCGACAGCUCAUUGCUGAGGCUCGCAAAGCCGCCAGCAAGGUGAGCGUGCCGGUCAAGUUCAAUGGAUCUUCUGGGGUUCAGGUGCGCACCCCCAGUAACCUGGCCGACUUGGCUGGCUACACCUCCCUGAAAUUCUACAUCAGCUUGUCCAAAGCCUCGCGCGCCCGCCGUCAGGACCAGACUGACAAACAGUUUGUCUUCUACCUCGGUAACAAGAAUUCCAGUAAAGAGUUCCUGGGCAUGAUCCUUCAGGGGCAGAGACUACACUGGCUCUUCAACGUUGGGGGAGAAACAGCCGAGGUAGAAAUGCCGGAAGACGUCAGAACAGACGGAGAAUUCAACAGCGUGGUCCUGGAAAGGAUCCUUCAGUAUGGUCAGAUGGCCAUUUCCUCAGAGACCAGCGAAAGGCGAGUGACCAAGGCAGAGGUGGAGGCCAAAGGUGACAGCGGACUGCUGAACCUCCAGACUGAGGAGACUGUGUUCUACGUAGGGGGGUACCCUGACUCAUUCACGCCCCCUCCCCCGCUCCUUUUGCCUAACUUCAAGGGCUGUAUUGAACUAGAGACCCUGAACGAAGAGGUGUUAAGCCUGUAUAACUUUGAGGCGGUAUUCCAGCUCAACACCACAGAGGAGAUGCCGUGUGGAAGAGCUAAGCCCGUGUUGACCCAGCCAUGGGUGAAUGAUGCUGCCUACUUUGACGGGACGGGUUAUGCCGAGGUCACCUUUAAGGAGGAUUCGGAGAAGAGGAUGUAUCGCUUUGAACAGGAAGUGAAACUAAAGAGUCAUAAUGGAAUACUGCUCAUGCUGCAAAGCCAGGAGAAGUUCCUGUGCUUGGUGGUGCAGAACGGACGUCUCCAGGUCUUCUAUGACAUCGCUGGUACUCUAGAAGAACUGAAACCUAAAGACCCAGAGUCUUCUUACCUCAAGCUCAGUGAUGCUGAACCCAAAUCCCUGGAGAUCAUCAUCAUCUACGAUUCGACCACCCGGGUUGUGGUGAGAAACAAUCGCCAAAACCUGUUCAAUUUCAUCUUCACCACACCUGUGCCACGCUUCGAUGGUAGCUACUACCUGGCGGGAGUCCCAGAGGAGAAGAUGCCAGAGACCCUGAAGGCCAUGUUCCCUCAUCAGGGUUCUCUGAAGGGCUGCUUCAGGAAUGUCAAGGCCAUGACAUCUCACAUUGACCUGAAGAGGAUGACCAGCUCUGGAAUCAGCUACGGCUGUGCCAAUGACCUACUGGUUGCCCGGGAGGCUCAUUUCUCUGGCCAGAGCUACCUGGAUCUGGCUACAGACAACAUCCCUAAUCUUGAGAACAACUUCUAUGCCGGGUUUGGGUUCCGUACGGACCAGAGGAACGGAAUCAUGUUUUACCACCAGGCUCAGGACGGUGUGUGUCAGGUGUUCCUGGAUAAAGGUCAUGUGGUGGUGAAAGCGGGUAGAAAUGAGAUGAAGACCCAGAAGACCUACAGCGAUGACAAAGAUCAUUAUGUAGCUUUCUAUAGCAACGCCAACGGAGUGCGUCUGUACAUGGAUGAUGUCCUGGAGAAGAUCGGGGAUACGGGUCGUGUAGGAGCUGGCAGCCCAACAGCACUACCAGCUAAAACCAUGUACCUGGGAGGAACACCCUACCAAAGCCGCAACAACCACACCGGCUGUCUUAGCAACCUGUUCAUCAAGAGAGACACGUCUUCUCAAGUGGUGGUGGAUCUGAUGAAGGCUAACGAGAACAUCAACGUUCCUCUUGAGUGCCCUGCCGCCAAGAAACCUCAGCAGAUCCUGGCCACGCCCCCACGGCAGAAGAGUCCCAAGGGUAGAUCCAGGAAGCCUGCUGGGGACAGUGGUUCUGCAGGGCGGAGCCGCAGUUCCAGGGAGUCAUGCCAGGGGGAUCUGGCCAGUCAGGAGGUUGGAGCUCUGCACUUUAGUGGCUCCUCCCACAGCUACCAGCGUUUUGACGUGCUCCCUGCAGCCUUUAGCAGGACUCCGCACAUCUCAAUGGGCCUGCGGCUGAACUCUUCGGACGGCCUGGUGUUCUUCCUGUCGGGAUCGGGAGACGGGUCUGUCUCUGGGAUGAGCCUGUCCGUCUCAGACGGUCACCUGCUGCUCCUCAUCCAUGGGGGGAGGAGGAAGACCAGCGUCCGCUCCCGCAGGAAAUACAAUGACGGCCAGUGGCACACGAUGUUUGUGAAGAGGGAAGGAGAAAAGGUCAGCCUGAUCAUGGACGGGAUCAAUGCCCAGUCAAAGAGGGUCUCUGGUGGUGAGAAGAAGCCCCUAAGCCCGCCUCUCUACAUCGGAGGAGUACCUUCAGCAAUCACCAGCUCACUACUUACGCAGCCAGAUAGAGGGGGUUUCACAGGCUGUGUGAGGGACCUGAAUCUGAAUGGGGAGAGCCUCGCCAGUCCCUCCUCCAGCCUGGGUGUGGUUCCCUGUUUCCAGAACCCUCUACAACCAGGGGCGUACUUCUCCCCCCAGGGAGGACACAUGACUAUAGAAGACUCACUGGGGUUGGGUCGGGACCUGGAGAUCCUGCUGGAGGUUCGGCCCGUGUCAGAUUCUGGUCUGCUGCUGUAUGCUGGCGCUGAGUCCGAGUCGGGGGAACAGCUGAGCCUCCACCUGAACCAGGGAGAGGUGACGGUCACUUUAAAUAGUGGCACCGGAGAGUUCUCCACAUCCUUCACACCAGAGGAGUCACUGUGUGACGGGCGCUGGCACACUAUCACAAUCGUGAAGAAAAGCAACGUGCUCCAGCUGCACGUGGACGCGGCCAGUGAGCACAGUGUCGGCCCGCGGCAGGGCCGCUCCCCAGCUGGCAAGGUGACCGUCCACCUGGGAGGAGCGCCAGAUGGCGACAGAGUGCCUGGCCUCCCAGCCGGCCUGGCCUCCUUCCAUGGCUGUGUAGGCAGAGCAGUCAUCAACCAGCGACCAGCCAUGCUGUCUAAACCCCUGUCGGUUCAUGGAGCUGUGGGCACACAAGGCUGCCCGGCCAUGUAGACUCAGUCCAGCCCAGUUACACUCGACAUAACCCAGUUACAACCGGUUUUAGCUCUGUUAAACCGGGUUUAACCUCUGGGUCUUGUUCUGCAGGUUGUAACAUUAAGAACUUUUGUGUAGAAAUAUGUAGAACUGAGAUGAUUGAUUGUCAUACAGAAUAAGAACGAAUCCGCUGUAUUUGUUCCAUUUUAAUUGGCAAAGUUGUAACCUCUGGGCCACAUUCGGGAUGAAAACACUACAUAUAGAAAUAUAAUUAAUAGAGUUGACAUGCCACGGUGUUCUACAGUUAAACGGCAGAAAGACAUGUUCAGUCUAUAUAUUUAUUUCUGAAUGGUGUGAAACAUUGCAGAUAAAAUGUUUAUUCACAGAGCUAAUGACAAUGAAUUGUGUAUUCUAUGUGUCAGAGAGACAUGUAUGUUCUAUAUGAUAUAUUUCUAUCUGAACGUUCCACAUGUUUAUUCCCAGCUAAACACAGCCCUGCCCUAAUGUUGCCACUACACUUAUUCAACUGCUAAAAGGAUAAAUAUGUCAUACAUUCA